CACCAAAAUCAGAAACCCAAAUAUCACCGAUGAUUCUACACAAGAGCAAGCAAUAAGCUAUAUUAAAGACUCUUAUCAAGCUUUCUACAAGAGUGAAGACAUCAAUAAGGAAGCAGCACUUCAGAUCACAACUUCUGAACAAAAUCUCUCUCUAACUAGGCCUAUUACUGAGAAAGAAAUCAGCUUAGUUAUCAAUAAGCUGCCUAACAACAAGGCUCCAGAUUCAGAUGGCCUAAUAUAUGAAUUCUAUAAAGACACCAAAGAACUUAUCCUUCCAAUCUUCGUCAAAGUAUUCAACAAUAUGAUGAAUACUGGAACAAUCCCGAGCUCAUGA